AUGGCUGCAACUCUUUCUGCCGGUUGUUUCACUAGGUUUGCGAUCAAAAAAUACCUCCUGUUGUCAGGCCAUGCAAGACGCUGCAUUUCUAUGUCCUCUUUGCUGGCAGCUCGAACACACAUCAGCUACGAGCUCAAGGACGAUGUUGCAGUUAUCCGUCUCAAUGAUCCAGCAUCCAAGGUGAACACACUUUCUGUGCAGAUGCAGUCUGAGCUGACAGAAGUGAUGAGUGAGAUCUGGUCAAACGGAGCUGUGAAAAGUGCCGUCCUUAUAUCCAGCAAGCCUGGUUGCUUUAUUGCUGGGGCAGAUAUUAAUAUGAUACAGGCCUGUAAGAGCAGCGAUGAGGUUACCCGUCUCUCUCAGGAAGGUCAGAAGAUGUUUGAAAAGAUUGAGAAGUCUCCCAUCCCUAUUGUUGCUGCCAUUAAUGGCUCAUGUUUGGGAGGAGGCCUUGAGUUUGCCAUAUCUUGCCAGUAUCGAAUUGCCACGAAAAGUCGGAAGACAAUAUUGGGCACACCAGAGGUCAUGCUUGGACUCCUUCCUGGAGCGGGUGGCACCCAGAGACUACCCCAAAUGGUGGGUCUACCUGGAGCGUUUGACAUGAUGCUGACAGGCAGAAACAUCCGUGCUGAUAAAGCAAAGAAAAUGGGCCUAGUGCAUCAGCUUGUGGACCCGCUGGGUCCUGGGUUGAAGCCAGCAGAAGAAAGAACCAUUGACUAUUUGGAGGAAGUGGCAGUAAAUGUUGCUAAAGGCAUUGCUAAUGGGACGGCGUCUCUCUCAAAGAAGAAAAGUGUCAUGCAAAAGCUGCAGGAAAGAGUGAUGAGUCUUGGCCCAGUGAAGAAAAAGAUCUACAAGACUGUCAGUGAGAAAGUUCAGAAACAAACUAAAGGACUGUACCCCGCUCCUGUCAAAAUCAUUGAGACGAUCAAGACUGGAGUGGAACUGGGAAGAGAAGCAGGUUAUCUGACUGAAGCUGAAAACUUUGGUAAACUGGCUUUGACGCCAGAGUCCAAAGCCUUGAUUGGCCUCUACCAUGGUCAAGUGACUUGUAAGAAGAACCGAUUUGGCACCCCUAAAAAGGAAGUCAAGAAUCUGGCAAUCCUGGGUGCAGGACUAAUGGGUGCAGGUAUAGCUCAAGUAUCAAUAGACAAAGGCAUCAGAACAAUACUGAAAGACACCACAGUUGAGGGUAUCAGCAGAGGAGAAGAACAGGUCUACAAUGGUCUGAACAUGAAGGUGAAGAAGAAAACACUGUCUUCAUUUGAGCGCGACGUCACGCUGUCCAACCUCUCAACCCAGCUCGAUUUAACGGGCUUCUCAUCUGCCGACAUGGUGAUCGAGGCCGUGUUUGAGGAUAUUAGCGUGAAACACAAAGUUCUUAAGGAAAUGGAGGCAGUGAUUCCUCCUCACUGCGUGUUUGCCUCCAACACUUCCGCACUGCCCAUUAAAGAUAUAGCUGCUGCAAGCAAACGGCCUGAAUUGGUGAUUGGAAUGCACUACUUCUCACCAGUGGAUAAGAUGCAGCUGCUUGAGAUCAUCACCACUGAUAAAACAUCCAAGGACACUCUGGCUUCAGCUGUGAGUGUGGGGCUCAAACAGGGCAAGAUCGUCAUUGUUGUCGGGGAUGGUCCUGGUUUUUACACCACUCGCUGCUUGGCUCCCAUGUUGGCAGAAGCUGUCAGGGUGCUUCAGGAAGGUGUAGGUCCAAAGAAGCUUGACAACUUGACAACAAGCUUUGGCUUCCCUGUCGGCGCGGCAACUCUGGCAGAUGAAGUCGGUAUUGAUGUGGCUGCUCAUGUGGCCGAGGAUCUGGGCAAAGCUUUUGGUUCUCGGUUUGGAGGUGGAAAUGUGGAUGUUCUUAAGACCAUGGUGGAGAAAGGCUUCAAAGGUCGUAAAUCGGGAAAAGGCUGUUUCAUCUAUGGCAAAGGGAAGAAGGAGAAGAGUGUAAAUCCCGAAGCUGAAGCAAUUCUCAAGAAAUACAAACUGUCUGCUGCUCCAUCAGUAUCAUCAGACUCUGACAUCCAGUACCGGCUAGUGUCUCGCUUCGUGAACGAGGCCGUGUUGUGUCUCCAGGAGGGGAUACUGACAAAUCCAGUAGAGGGAGACAUUGGAGCUGUGUUUGGACUUGGCUUUCCUCCCUGCCUGGGUGGUCCAUUCAGGUUUGUGGACUCAUUCGGCGCUGAUCGUCUUGUAAGCAACAUGAGACGUUUUGAAGAAGUGUAUGGAAACCAGUUCACACCAUGCCAGCUCUUACUGGACCAUGCUGGAGACUCCAGCAAGAAAUUUCACAAUUGA